UCUAGAAUGAGAAUAGCCCAGGAGGAGGAGGAGGAGGAGGAGGAGGCUGCCCCAACUGAUGCUAUAGUAUAUACUGUAACAGGCACUGCGGAGAGCUGCAGUAGAUCUGAGUAGCCAUAAACCAAUUAAUUGGAUAAAAUGGGAAAAGAACAAUCAGCUUCACCUCCACCUCCCAAACUCGAAUUUGAUCAACCAUGGAGGGAAAUGCCUUGGGGAGAAAAGGACAAAAUUGAACAGAAACUGAGGACAUUCAGGCUCAAGAGAACAAGUGCUCGGUUCGUCAGUAUUCUGGUUGUUGGUGAAGUCAGAGCAGGAAAGUCCAGUUUUAUAAACUCAGUCAAUAAUGCUUUACAAGGACGAAUCACCUCUGAGGCUCUUGUUGACGGGGCAGGAGGUACCAAAUUCACAAAGAACUUCAAAACUCAUUAUAUUGAAGCAGAGGAUGGCUCCAGUUUGCCUUUUGUCUUUAAUGAUAUCAUGGGACUUGAGGACAGAGAGUCUGGUGCAAAUACAGAUGACAUCAUCAGAGCCAUAUACGGGUUACUUCAGGAAGGACACAAUCUUGAGGAUACACCUGUGACUGAUGUUCACCACAGAAGCAACCCAAGUGUGGAGGAUCAAACCACAUGCCUGGUCAACAUUGUUGCUGCAGACAAAAUAUCAAUUAUGAAGAAUGGGGUCAUUGAUAAGCUGAAAAAAAUCCGUCAGGCUGCUACUGAACGGGAUAUGCCUCAAGUAAUCAUCAUGACAAGACCAGAUUUAGCAUGUCCACUAGUUCAACAGGAUUUAAGGAAGAUCUACACCAGCAAGAAGAUCAAGGAGAAGAUGGAAGAGUGUAGUUAUACACUGGGGAUUCCUAUGAAUCACAUUUUCCCUGUGAAGAACUACCAUGAGGAGAUAGACACAGAUGAUGACAUGGAUCUUCUGAUUCUCAAGGCACUUGAUCAGAUUGUGCACAUCGCUGCUGACUGUUUGAAGGAAAAGUCAUUAAAAUCUGGUGAAGAAACUGAGUAAGGACUCAGAUCACAAUGCCUCUGUGUAUUAAUGUAACCCAAAAAUACACAGUAGGAGACAUUACUACUGAUUGGAGAAGAGAACCAAGUUUUGACUGCAAAUGUCACAUCCACAACACUGGAAUUGGUCAACUAUAAGAAAGUGUUGUUGUAAAAGUCAAGACUAUUACCAGAAGAUCAGUUCAGUCAUUGGAUAAUCAGAUUUGAAAUUCACAUAAAUAAGCAUUAAGGUUUGUAUCUGUCUUUGGUUUGCCUUGUGUUUUGUACAUUGUUGUCAAUUUUUACACAAUUUAACAGAUUUCUAAUGCAUCUAAUGCAUAAUCCACAAAACACAUCAUCAAUUAAAUAUCUACAUAAUUGUACUUCUAUAUUAUAUAAAUAAACCCUGAGGUGUCAAAACUCCCUACAUUAUUACAACACACCUACUCAACAAAUUGACCAUCUGAUGUAAAGAGCAAAGAGUUUCAUUUAAAGAGUAAGUUCAUGUUUAAAAAUUUAAUAGAGCAAAGAUAAUGACUGAAAUGCUGAUGAUGGUCUAAA